UGUUUGCCUGAGCUGGAUUUGAGGAAGAGGAAGAGUGACGGACAUGUGGCUGAGUGUCUUUCCUGUCAGACAGCAUGAAGGGCAGAAUGACAGGCCUGAGGAGGAGGUGGAGGAGGUAAACAACAGCCGGAUGGAGCUCUGAACAUCGUGGGAAGGAUUUAAUGUCGGCUGUUGUCACCUCCUGCCAGUCAAGCUGUUUGUCCGGGAGGAAAUCGAAAAACUUCAGGACUGUUUCCAGACAUGUAGGAGCUCUUUAACGUUAAAGCGGAACGUUAAUGCACGCCGGGCCGGGGACUGUUUUUCCCGUGACACAACUGAAGGUUGAAGCAUGGCCUCCAUGUUCGGCGGCUCCGGUUCGGUGUACCGGGCCCUGCACCGGGCCCUGCACCGGAGGCUGGCUCCCGGAGUCUGCGUGCAGGGAGCGGCCCGAAUCCAGAGCGUGAGGGCGGCCACCAACGACUCCCAGCCGGAGGAGAAGUACUGCCUGGAGCUGGUCAGGUCUAGAGACUAUGACGGCUUCGUGUCCUCCCUCCUCCUCCCAGAGGAGGCGCGGCGCUCCUCUUUGGCUCUGAGAGCCUUUAAUGUGGAGCUGGCUCAGGUAAAGGACUCCGUUUCCCAGAAGACCAUCGGUCUAAUGCGGAUGCAGUUCUGGAAGACGGCCAUCGAAGAAAUCUACAGAGACGAUCCUCCGAGCCAGCCAGUCAGUGCCGAGCUGUGGAGGGCGGUGAGGAAACAUUACCUGACAAAGAGAUGGCUGCUGAGGAUCAUCACAGAGAGAGAAAAGGACCUGGAUGACCGAGCCUACAGAAACCUUCAGGAGCUGGAGGCGUACUCGGAGAACACACAGUCCUCCUUGAUCUACCUGCUGCUCGAGUGUUUAGGGAUUAAAGACGUCCACGCAGACCACGCGGCGAGUCACAUCGGUAAAGCUCAGGGAAUCGUGACGUGUCUGAGAGCGACUCCUUAUCACAGCAGCCGACGGAAAGUCUACCUGCCCAUGGACAUCUGCAUGCUGCACGGAGCUUCUCAGGAGGACUUCAUCCGCGGCAGCCGGGAGCAGAACGUCCGGGAUGUCGCGUACGACAUCGCGAGUCAGGCUCACGUGCAUUUAGAACACGCGAGAUCGUUCAGCAGAAACGUCCCACUCUUCUCCCGUGGUGCUCCUGUGCUGCAGGUGGUGUUGGAGGACUACCUGCAGAGAGUGCGGAGGGCAGAUUUUGACGUUUUCAGCCCGAGCCUGCAGAACAGAAACCCCCUGCUCCCCUUCCAGAUGUACCUCCGCUCCUGGAAGAAGACCUACUGAUGUCAGGCCUCCUCCUCCUUCAUGUGCUGCCUCUGAAGGCUUCACCUCUCUGAGGGGUGGAGGAGGGACUCCACCUGAAAGACCACGCUGACUGUGUCGUGUCUACAAAGAAAUCCAGACUUGUUUUGAAGCGCUGCAGACACACAGGCUGUCGUUUCUCAAGAAGAGACGAUUGAAUAUUUAAGUUGUGAAUAUACAAGUUGUAAUAGUUGGACCAGAUGUUUUAUGCAAGUUAAAAGAUGAUUCCACUUUAUUACAACGUGACGUUUCUGUUGUUAUUUUAAUCACCCUGAAGGAAGUGUUUUCUCUCUGACUUCCUGCAGCAAUGUCAGUUAACACAGCAGCGGUAAACAUGCUGCUAAGUCCCAAUAAACUGCACAAAGCCUG